CUCCCCACUGCGCGGGUUUGGUUCAAUGCGUCCUCAACGCAGCGCGCAUUCCUCGACUCGACCCUGGGAUUCCUGCCAGAGGCAACCACAUGCCGCAAACCCCCGUUGGACAGAGAUGCUCUGACAGAUUCAGACUUCAAGCCAAUAUAAAAGCUCCUGAUGGAGUCCUACCCCUCCUGGAUCGGUGGCUCGCUAGACACCCCUGCACAGCUGCUCUCCAUCGCCCUAUACCACUGCCAGCAUCGCUGGCAUAGAACGCACGAUGUUCCUCAAGCGAGACAUCCCCCACUUCCUGUGCCUGGCUCUCCCCUUGUUGAGCGGGCUCGCCCACGCCAUCCCCUUCAGCGCCUUCUCAAGCAUCCAAGCACGCGGCCACUCCCCCGAAACCAUCCAGAACUAUCCAUCCAGCUGCGAGAACGCCUGCGAGGGCGUCACCCCGAACCAAACCGAUCCCCUCGCCGCGAGCUACUACUGCGACUACUGCAUCUGCAACAACCGCCUGCUCGGUCCCGCCAACUUCUCCCCGGCCAGCAACUUCACCUCCUUCUUCGUGGACUGGCAUCCACUCGACAGCCAAUGUCCACGCGAUUGGCUAUGCACCUGGACGAACUUCACCGCGGGCCCGUACAACAACACGGGAUACAUCUACCCGCAGAAUGACGGGUUCAAGGGCUGCGCGGAGACCGUGACGCUGCAGGUGGGCACGCGCGUGGAUCGCUUCGGGACCCCGACCGGCGGAUAUCUGGCCACCCCGGAUACCUCGUAUGCAGCCCGCGCGAUCCCGCCGAGCAAUUUGAACGUGUACAACGGUAGCACCCUCUAUAACUACUGGCAGUAUGAGGUGAGACACCCCUUUUGGGCCCUGUACGGGGAGGUUCUGCCGUGGUUUGGGCAGCCCGGGGGCGGCGAGCAGUGGUAUGUCAGCGAGGGGUUGAAGCCGCUCAUUGACAAUGGGUCGUUGGUCUUGGUGGCGGCGGAGACCUAUGAUGAUAGCCCGGAGACUCAGGAUCGGGUGGCGACCUGGAUGCAGGCGGAUGCCGGGGAGAUGAAGGAGAGGGAGAUGUACCAUUAG